UUGAAAUUGUGUUUCGCGCAAAAAAAAGAGGCCAUCGCACUCGAGCUUGACAUCGACUACACAGCGCCCGUGCUCCAAACAAUUUAUGCUGAAAGGAAGAAGAAACUUGAAAGGUUAGCCCUUUUCCUGCUUCUGCUCCAGCUGCUGCUCAGAUAUUGCUCCGAUAUAUUCUUGCUCCUCCUUGCCUUUGCUCCAGGCAGGGGCACAGAGAGAGAGGAAAGGCGGGCGGAGCAGCCGCAAAUGGCAGCAGCAGCUGCUGUUUCUGCCGCUGGAACUGUAUGGAAUGCAGCCUUCCUUGCCUCCUCCUCUUCCUCUUCCAUGUUCUGCAGGACGACGCCUGUAAGUCGUGGUGUUGUAGCACAGAAACUAGAAGCGAGAGGCCACGACGAUGCUUCCAAAACCACGCCUUCACUACCUGCAGUGCCGACCGCAUCAGUUCCAGUUUCAUCUCGCGUGGAAACUCCCGCACGGAAGCUUUCAACACCUCGGCAAGUCCCAGAAACAAUUCCAGCGACUGAUGGCGGACGAAAGUGGGAACUCGUCGAAACCGUAAGAAGCAUGUUGAACUCUCUGCACGACGGGGAGAUAUCCGUGUCAGCCUACGAUACGGCUUGGGUGGCACGAGUACCAGCUUUGGAUGGCAGCAACACGCCUCAAUUUCCCAUGUGCCUAAACUGGAUCAUGGUCAAUCAGCUCGAGGAUGGAUCCUGGGGUGAUAGAGACUUGUUUCUUACGUGUGAUCGCAUCUGUUCGACACUGGCAUGUGCAAUAGCUCUCAAAACCUGGAACACCGGAGACAAGAUUAUUCACAAAGCCCUCGAGUUUAUUCGCAAAACUAUGCCUGAGAUGGAGAUGGAGGACAGUACUCACAUGCCAAUAGGAUUUGAAAUUGUGUUUCCGGCAAUGAUAGAGGAGGCCAUGGCACUCGAGCUUGACAUCGACUAUACAGCGCCCAUGCUCCAAACAAUUUAUGCUGAAAGGAAGAAGAAACUUGAAAGAAUACCCAUGAAUGUGGUCCAAAACUAUCCGACCACUCUCCUGUAUUCGUUGGAAGGACUUUAUAAGACUAUAGACUGGGACAAGGUCAUAAAACUGCAGUCACCAGAUGGUUCACUGCUAUUCAGCCCCGCCUCCACAGCAUGCGCACUGAUGCAUACGGGAAACGAGAAAUGCCUGCAGUACCUGAACAACCUCGUCAAGAGAUUCAACUGCGCAGUACCAGGUGGAUACCCAGUGGAUCUGUUUGAGCAUCUCUGGGUAGUUGACCGUUUACAACGCCUGGGAAUUUCUCGCUACUUCACUCAAGAGAUUAAAUCAGCUCUUGACUACGUGUACAGAUACUGGACAGACAAAGGAAUAGCAUGGGCCAGAGGUUCACCUGUUCAAGACGCUGACGAUACUUCCAUGGCCUUCCGGCUCUUGCGAAGUCACGGAUACGACAUAUCACCAGACGCCUUUAAAAACUUCCAAGAGGGCGAUUCCUUCGUCUGCUUCAGCGGGCAAGCGGGUCAAGCAGUGACAGGAAUGUACAACUUGUACCGGGCUUCUCAACUGAUGUUUCCUGGCGAAACAAUCCUGGAAGAAGCAGGCUCAUUUGCCAGAAAGUUUCUCGAAGGAAAACGCCGAGAGAAUCAGCUGUACGACAAGUGGAUUAUCUCUAAAGAUCUGCCAGGAGAGGUCGAGUUUGCGCUUGACAACCCAAUGCAUGCUAGAUUAGAAAGACUGGCAACAAGAAGAUAUAUCGAUCAGUACGCGGCUGACGAUGUCUGGAUCGGGAAGAGCCUCUACAGGAUGCCCUUCGUCAACAAUUCAAUUUUCCUAGAGCUCGCGAAGGCAGACUUCAACAUGUGUCAGGCUUUGCACAGAAAAGAAUUUCAGCAACUUGAAAGGUGGUACGACGAGAGCAGCCUGUCAAUGUUCAAAGGAUUCUCCCGCAGCAAACUGGAGCACACGUUCUAUUCAGCUGCCGCAACCAUCUUCGAGCCGGAGCUCUCAGCAGCAAGGAUUAUAUGGUCGCAAUGCUGGUUCAUAUCACUCGGUAUUAAUGAAUACUUUGACUACCUGGGGUCCACCAAAGAACUUGAGGAUCUCAUAAACAAUGUCGAGAGGUGGAACGUGAACUCGCUUGGAAACUGCUCCGCCGAAGUGAAAAUACUGUUCGUCGAGCUCUAUAACAUCGUUCAAAACCAUAGCAAGCAGGGCUUCUUGUACCAAGGCCGGAGUAUAGGAGGAGCGCUGCGAGAAAUCUGGAAAACGUGGCUAUCGAGCCUACUGCAGAGAACCAAGUGGAAAAUGUCAGACAACAAUCCAACUUUGGAGGAAUAUCUAAAGGCCUCACAUUCAAGCAUCGAGCCUGCUGUCCGGAGCACUAUGUACUUCGUCGGCGAAACGCUCGCCACCACCGGAGACAUAAAAGACUCGGCCAUUUGCCAAAUGAUGAACACUGCUUCACGCCUGGUACAAGAUACACACACGGACAAGGUGGAUUCAAGCCUCAACAGUAUCACCAUCUACCUUGAAGAGAAUCCUCAGUUAACUGAAAGUGAAGCACUAAGUGAGGUCCAAGCACUUGCGAACAAGAACAUGCAGAAGCUUCUGUACGAAACUCUGCAGCCCGGCGCGCUGCCACAAGCUUGCAAGCAGCUCUUUCUCAAUGCGGCCAGAAUUAUGAACGUCUUUCCAGGUACCAAUAAAGUACAGGCCAAACUCUCCAACCAUGUCAAGAGAGUACUUUCCCAGCCCGUGCUGUAAAUAGCUAACAGCCUGACUGAGGAACAUUUGGUGGACUACACAGCCAAGUUCGCGCUAAUGUAGCUGUAGAGCAACCAUAGAAGAAGCCCAAGUAUGCCUUCGGCAAUAAUGCCUCUGUAAAUUCUGAAGGGAUCUGCUAUCGAGUCUUCAGUUUUACCGACCA